UACCAGAAAUAUGCAAACCCAUUUCGGAAAAUUGUUGCGAUUAAACAAGAUUUAAGAAAUGGCGCCUCGCAAUUGCCGCACUUGCGGUCAGUUCAUAUUCUGUUUCUCACCCAAGAACCUCUUCCUGGAGCCCGAUUCCGUAACGCUUCACCAGAUCGAGGUUUUAACGGGUUUGUUUUUGCUGGAGGGAUCUGGGGACCAGCUACCCGCCUUUAUUUGCGCACCUUGCGAAGUUGACCUGCGGAAAGCUGUUUCCUUUCGGGAGCGUGUUAUUCUUACCCAGAAUACGCUGCAAAAUUGCCCUGGCAACGUGCAGGUCCUGGACUUGAACGAGUCAUUCAGUGUUGUUCAGCAGGAUGAGCUUCAGUUCGUCGAGGAAGUCACCGAAAUCGAGGUUAUUGACCAGCUGGAGGAGGAGGAACGGCCGCACGAAACUGGCCAAGAGAAGGAGCAGCCCCCGCAGAAGAAGCCCCAGGAGGAGAGUAUGCCCCGGGAAAGUCGAAUUAGGACCACGCCCACGCCCCGCACUUCCAUAAAGUUUGCGGACAUCAACCAGGACAAUCGUCACAAGCCGCGCAUACAGUGGGACCGGCUCGCUGAGGACCAGGUGGUGGCCCUAAAACGGGAACGCCGUAAGAGGGACUGCAUCUGCGAGCAGUGCGGCCGACACUUCACCUGCCCUAGCAACUUCAAACUGCACCUGCUGCGCCAUACUGGCGUGAAGGAAUUCGCCUGCGACCAGUGUCAACAGAGGUUCUACACCGCCACUUUGCUACGACGACACCAGGAGCUGCACUCGGGCGCAGCUCCGUAUCCGUGCCGCUACUGCGAUGCAUCCUUUAAUAACACUAAUGGGCGAAUCCAGCACGAGCGCAUUCGUCAUACGAACAGCAGGCCAUUCAAGUGCAACGAGUGUGGUAAAAGCUUCGCCAUGAGCGGCAAACUCAGGACACACAUGCUCAGUCACACCGGAGUGCGACACUUUCACUGCGAGUGCUGCAAGGUGUCCUUUGUUCGUCGCUCCCAUGUGCUAGCCCACUUCCGCUCAAAAAGACACGCACAAGUUGCAGACACCCAGGAGGCUGUGGAUAAAGCUCUGGAACUAGACGUGACAACUGUGCUGGAGGAAAAACCUUAAACGGGCCGAAUUCUCAAUGUCAUGAUUAUUUAAAAUAAGAUGUCAGGCUGGAAAAUGCUUUGGAGUCCAGUUCUAUGGAUAAAAUAGUAUUAGUAUCCGUAUGUACAUAUUUUUGACCUCAAUCUGAAUUUAAAGCUUCUACGGAUAUAGUCAAAGUCGGUUGCAAAAAUUAAUCUUAAUGCCUAAACCUAAGGAAUUUUAAUUUAUGCAAUUACAUAUACUUCAAAAUGUCCGUGCCUAAAACCACGAAUACAUAUUUUUUCGACUUUAUCUUUUUUAAAUAAAGUUUAAAUAUGCAUUUUCGUUUAUUUAAA